AUGAGCGGGCAAUACUUUUUCACCAUUGACGAUACUUCGACGGCUCUGACUUAUUUGCCUUGGGGAGAAGGGGCCGGAGGGGGUGGAUGGAAGCAAUAUUUCACAGGUUCUGGUUAUUUUCAAGCAGGUGAAGACCCCGGCGCUGCAGGUCAAGGCCAAACAUACCACGUCACUGGUGACGGCAAUUCGAGUGUGUCAUUCAACUUCUAUGGGACCGGAUUCACACUCUUUGGAACUGCCAACUGCAGCUACCAAGUCACAGUUGAUAGUCAGACAAGUGACCCACAGCAGCAGACGUCUGGCGACGUACUGUAUACCCAACCCCAGCUUAACCAGGGGAUGCACUAUGUUACUUUGACCUCUCAGAUAGCUGCAAGUUCAUUGGAGCUGCUGAUGUUCGAUUAUGUCACAGUGUCAAACACUCUUCCUGACGGCGCGACCACUAUGAUUCCGGAUGUUAUCGACAACUCCAACACUACGGCCUUGGAAUAUUAUGGCAAUUGGAGCGUCAACACGGAUCAUCAAAUCCCAAACCUCCAGCAUCCACUGCCAUACCACGAGACGAAAAAUGAGGGCUCCGGCGUAGCUUUAACCUUCUCAGGCGCUUCCGCUGUCGCGGUUAACGGUACGAGAAACUACGGCAAUUGGGUUUAUUCUGUGACACUUGAUGGCCAGUCCGUCGCUUCGCCCAACGGCAGCACAUGGUGGAUUAUCCCCGAUGCGCUACUUUACUACCAAGAUGGCAUUGAUCCCAAUCAGACGCACACCCUGAAUAUCACCAACACUAGCGCGGGGGAGAAUUUCUGGCUCAAUUCCAUUACCAUCUACAAGCCUAAUAGUAAUACGGACGUUGGCGUGGGGUCAUCUAUCUCAUCGUCCGCAACCUCCAGUUCGACCAGUCCGGCCAGCUCAGCAGCGGCUGUUCAUCAUACCACAAACGCGGGAGCGAUCGCCGGAGGAGUUAUAGGCGGUCUGGCUGUCCUGGCUGUCACGAUCUUCGCCCUAUGGUGGUGGCUGCGCUCCCCAAGGCAUGCUAAUGAGAACAAGUCCCUCGACCUGGCCGAGUCUGAACAUGAUGCUGUUAUGAGCGCCGAUCCUUUCUAUUCCGAUGGUGCCUCCACUCUUCCGGUCACUGUCGUAUCAGCUCGCGGUAUGGUAACGACUCCCGGUAACCAGGAGAAACGUAGUUUGGGAGUUGAGCCGCUCACAUCGGCUAGUGUUCGUUCGCUGCCUAUGACUCCUUAUACCGCGCGGUCACCCUCAUUCUCAGUCACCUCCUUCCGGGGUUCUGAAACUGCGCAGGCACGUCCUCUACCUCCCCCUCCCGCCGCACCGGCAAAUCUCCAACCCGCUGACGUUGAUAUGCUUGUGGAGAUGAUUGCACGCAGGAUCGAUCCCUCCGGGGAUGCCAACCGCGACCCAGCACUUCCUCCACCCCAAUAUCGUGGUUAA